CUCCCAAGGUCAAGGCAUUAAAGUCAUAAUUUGCCACCGUCGUUUUCCUCCGUAACCGCCGCCUCCGCCGCCGGCUGCGGAGGGUUUCGAGCUUCAUUUCUUUGCUAGGUUUUGCUUGGAGUAAAACCAAUGCCAGCACAGAAGCGCUCGACGGAGGCUCCGGAGGAGGAUGUUCAGGGAAACAACCAUGAACAGCCCGAAGAUGAAGUCGAAUCCGAUGGAAGCGAUUCGUCGAGCGAAGAGGACGAAGACGAAUAUGUGUCUAUAAAGUUGUCAGAUAUACGCAAAGAAGUUCAGUGUCCUAUCUGCCUAGGCAUCAUUCGAAAAACAAGAACUGUAAUGGAAUGCCUGCAUCGCUUUUGCAGAGAGUGCAUAGACAAAUCCAUGCGCCUUGGUAACAAUGAAUGCCCUGCUUGCCGUACACAUUGUGCUAGCCGACGCUCACUUAGAGAUGACCCAAACUAUGAUGCCUUGAUUGCUGCUCUCUAUCCAGAUAUUGACAAGUAUGAGGAGGAGGAAUUGGCUUUGCAUGAAGAUGAGAUGGCUCACAAUAAGCAGAAGAUUCAAGAUUCCAUUGCCCAGACUCUUCAACGACAAACAGAAGCAUUGGGUGGUAAGAAACGGAAUGCUAAAGCAACAGCAGCGGCUUUUGUGAGGAGGUCACAAGGUAACUAUCGCUCUUCACACCUGAGGAGACGAAGAAACUUUAGAAAUGCUGGUGAACUUCAGGAAUCCAAUGACAAUGAGGAUAUGAAUGAUAAUGAUGGGGUAAAGGACUCAUCUUCUGGUGAUGAGCAGACAGAAACCAAACCAAAAAAAUGCAAAAGAGGUGGAGAACGCGAAACACAAUUUCCUCAACAUUCUACCUUUACUGAUGGGGAUGGAGCUGGUGAUGAAAACACUCCAGAAGUGAAUAGAGAAAUAAUAAGUUCAUCUGGUACACUUGCCUGGGGAAAAAAUGGCCACAGGAGUCACACCCGCGUCAAUGGUAAGAAUGCCAGAAACAGUCGCCUAUCCAAGCUGGUUGAUCAUCUCCGUAACUUAGAAGUAAAUGAUGAUGAGUUGGAUAUCCAUCUCAUGCUUGUCUCUUUGGAUGAGCAAAGAACACCAAGUUUGCAGGAGCCAUACCUUUGCUGCAGGCCUACUUUGUCAGUCAGGAACCUGUGCCAGUAUGUUGCCCUUAAAGCUUCGCUGCAGGCCGAUGAAGUCGAAUUAUGCUUGGUAAAAGAGCCGCAAGCCGAAAUUAUAAGAGCUGAAAGAACAGUUGAUCCGGACAAAGAUAAGUUGCAUGUUCUAAGAGAUCAAGAAACUUUGGCUGAACUGAAAACUUAUCAUAAUGUCAGCUGUGGUGGUUAUCUGCUCAUGGCUUAUAAGAGGAAGUUGCAGAACUGACACAAUUGGGUUGAGCUGAUGAUGAACAGUCACUUGAACCAUUCUUUGCUAAGUGCAUAUUUAUACAGAACAGUGAAAAAUCUCAGAUAGUUUUAUCAUUUCGUUUUUUUUUAGUACUUUCCCCAUCUUACAGAAAACGGGGCUUAACCCGUUUUGUAUAGCACACAGGAAAUGAGAACCACAGGUUAGGGACAUUCGACAAAACGUCAGGUUUCUUAAUAUUUUCACAAAUAUUUUGGAUGAGGCAUAUAUAUCUCAUGAAGUUGUUUUUAGUAUCCU